AAAUGGUGUUAUACAGCUUCAAAUCGUCACAGCAUCAGCAGCUUGUGCAAAUUCAUAGUUUCCAUGUUGGGUAUUUUAGUGGAAGUGCGAGUAAACAGCUGAAUCCGUAAUAGAAUACCAUAAAGAGAAGAAAAUAGUCAGAGUAGAAAAUUUUCGUCGAUGAAAAAGUUCAUUUAACAGUAAACGUGCGAUCGAAUCCUUGUCGAUCGGAGCGCAAAGGAAAAGAGCGACGCGCGCACCUGACGAUAGCUGCGUACGAAUGCGUGAUACUCAAGUAUGAGUGUGAUUCGAGCUUACGCUGAUUGAGUGAAAAAUUGAGUUUCUAGAAUGAGUUAUGUGCAUCAAUGAAAUAAGAUCAGAUAUAUGUGCAAUAAUAAAACACAUUACUGUACGAUGAUUAUACAAUUAGCCAUUUGCCAGAAAAAUCUUUUCGGACGACAUUCACAGCUGCUAUGAAGCGGUACAAAGGAAAAUCGCUAUCUGGGGUACGGCGGAACGCAGGCAAAGAAACACUGAAGAAACAAGGAAGAAACAAUGAAGAACAGGAAAAUUUAAGCUGAGGGAGCUGAGCUGUUGAAAGAAAUUGUUCUUAUGUCUUUAAAAAUACACACAGCGGUGGCGAGUGAUGACUCUGACAAAUCUUAUAAUGUGAAUUACGAAAUUUGAGCAUUCAACUGCAACUCCUCGCGUUUUUUAUGUUAGGUAUAGUGGCUGAAUCGAAUUUGAGAAGACAAUGUGCAAUUUCCAGUAAUUAUCGUUGGAAAAAGAUUAGACCUACCACGCAAAACCAACGAACAAUUUAAGUUCCUUAACAGCAUUUUCUCCUCACCGUUUUCUUUUCAUUUAGGAACCAGCGACAGCCAGCGUAUAGAAUAAUCAAGCGAUAAUUCACCGUAACCGGAAGGAAAUUACCUGAAGUGUUUUUGUUAGAAGUGUCAGAUUGUGCUCGAAUUUAUCGAUUCCGAUCAGCGAUUAAAAACAAAGCAAUGGGUCGGAUGUAACCGGUGUCACCUAGUUGCAAAAGUGAACUGAAUAUCAUUAUCUUUCAACCAAAAAAAUUGCAAUUGGAAACACAUGAAGUGACAGAAGACUUUGCUUGUGUGUUAGUUUCUGUUCUAUGAUUUUGGUUGAAAGUAUAUUUUGAAAUAAGUAAAGUACUUCUUAACAGUCACCAACAUCACAGGAAGACCAGUGAACUGUAAUCAUGGCGGAAGCGGAGGGAGGAUCGGAGCAGGAUGAUGUUUCAUUCUUGCGUACGGAAGACAUGGUAUGUCUGUCCUGUACGGCAACAGGCGAACGUGUCUGUCUGGCGGCUGAAGGCUUCGGCAACCGGCACUGCUUUCUUGAGAACAUCGCCGACAAAAACAUCCCACCGGACCUGUCGCAGUGUGUGUUUGUGAUCGAGCAGGCGCUCUCGGUUCGUGCUCUGCAGGAACUGGUGACGGCCGCCGGUUCCGAAACCGGCAAUGACUCGGUAGGCAAAGGAACUGGAUCCGGACAUCGUACGCUACUGUACGGCAAUGCCAUUCUGCUACGUCAUAACAACAGCGACAUGUAUCUAGCCUGCCUGUCGACGUCUUCUUCCAACGACAAACUGUCAUUCGAUGUAGGUCUACAAGAGCACAGCCAAGGCGAAGCGUGUUGGUGGACAGUACAUCCGGCAAGCAAACAGCGGUCGGAGGGUGAGAAGGUUCGCGUGGGUGAUGAUCUGAUUCUGGUUUCGGUUGCAACUGAGCGUUAUCUGCAUACGACCAAGGAGAAUGACCAAUCGAUCGUCAACGCUAGCUUUCACGUCACACAUUGGAGUGUUCAGCCGUACGGUACCGGAAUCUCCCGCAUGAAGUAUGUAGGGUUCGUGUUCGGUGGAGAUGUGCUCCGUUUCUUCCACGGCGGCGAUGAAUGUCUAACGAUACCGAGUACAUGGGGAGAAGAUCCCGGUCAAAAUAUUGUUACCUAUGAAGGGGGUUCAGUUAUGUCACAGGCCCGAUCUUUGUGGCGACUUGAAUUGGCUCGGACGAAAUGGGCUGGUGGCUUCAUAAACUGGUCCCAUCCGAUGAGAAUUCGACAUUUGACCACAGGCCGGUACCUAGGAGUCAACGAUAACAACGAAUUGAUUCUGGUUCAACGUGAUCAAGCUACAACGUCACAAACUGCAUUCGUUCUCCGCUCUGAAAAAGACGAUCAAAAGGUGGUACUCGAGGACAAGGAUCUGGAGAUAAUCGGUGCUCCAAUUAUCAAGUAUGGUGAUUCCACGGUAAUAAUGCAACACUAUGAGACUAGUUUAUGGGUCAGCUACAAAAGCUAUGAAACGAAAAAGAAAGGCGUCGGAAAAGUUGAAGAGAAACAAGCCAUCUUACACGAGGAAGGAAAGAUGGACGAUGGAUUGGACUUCUCUCGUUCUCAAGAAGAAGAAUCUAGAACUGCUCGAGUUAUUCGCAAAUGUAGUUACCUGUUCACUAUUUUUAUUCGUGGAUUAGAAACUCUCCAAGAGAACCGUCGGCAUUCGAUAUUUCUAGCAUCAGUCAAUCUUGGUGAAAUGGUCAUGUGUUUGGAAGAUUUGAUCAACUACUUUGCCCAACCAGAAGAUGAUAUGGAGCAUGAAGAGCGUCAAAACAAACUAAGAGCUUUGCGCAACCGACAAGAUCUGUUCCAAGAGGAAGGUGUACUGAACUUGAUUCUGGAAGCCAUCGAUAAAAUCAACAUAAUUUCCUCGCAAGGCUUCCUGGCCUCUUUCCUAGCAAGUGACGAAUCUGGUCAAAGUUGGGAUAUGAUAUCCGGAUAUCUCUACCAAUUGCUAGCAGCCAUUAUCAAAGGAAAUCACACUAACUGCGCGCAGUUUGCCAACACAAAUCGACUUAAUUGGCUGUUCUCUCGAUUAGGUUCACAAGCCUCCAGUGAAGGUUCCGGAAUGCUGGAUGUGUUGCACUGCGUUCUGAUUGAUUCGCCAGAAGCAUUGAACAUGAUGAGAGAUGAACAUAUUAAAGUAAUCAUAUCGCUGCUAGAGAAGCACGGUCGAGAUCCAAAGGUUUUAGAUGUUCUUUGCUCAUUGUGUGUCGGUAAUGGAGUUGCUGUGCGUUCAUCACAGAAUAAUAUUUGUGACUUUUUAUUACCGGGAAAGAAUUUACUUUUGCAGACCAGCCUAGUCGAUCAUGUAGCCAGCAUUCGUCCGAAUAUCUUUGUGGGUCGCGUUGAAGGGUCAGCCGUCUACCAGAAAUGGUACUUUGAAGUUACAAUGGACCACAUUGAACAAACCACGCACAUGACACCGCAUUUGAGAAUCGGAUGGGCUAAUAUGGGUGGUUAUGUGCCAUACCCGGGUGGUGGUGAAAAAUGGGGAGGAAAUGGUGUUGGCGAUGAUCUCUUUUCGUAUGGUUUCGAUGGAGUGUUCUUCUGGUCUGCAGGACGCAGAACUCGUGUGGUACACGGAACUGUUGUAGAGCCAUUUAUCAAAAAGGGAGACGUCAUUGGUUGUACACUUGAUCUAAGUGUUCCAAUUAUUCGUUUCACGUUCAACGGAGAACCGGUGCACGGAUGCUUUACGGAUUUCAAUCUGAACGGAAUGUUCUUCCCGGUAAUGAGCUGUUCUUCUAAGUUAAGUUGCCGUUUUCUAUUCGGUGGUGAUCAUGGUCGACUGAAAUACGCACCGCCGAUGGGAUUUUCUCCGCUAGUUCAGUGCCUUAUGCCACACCAAAAUCUUAGUUUGGAUCCCUGUUUCUAUUUUGGUAAUUUAAAUAAGAACGUGCUAGCUGGUCCAUGGAUGGUGGAAGACGACACCGCUUUUGUUCCCAAGCCAGUGGACACUAGUACUGUGACUCUACCAGCAUCCGUCGAAACUAUCAAAGAUAAACUUGCCGAGAAUAUUCAUGAGAUGUGGGCACUCAACAAGAUUGAAGCCGGUUGGACCUGGGGUGAGCAUCGUGAUGAUAUGUAUCGAGUUCACCCAUGUCUGACGUCGUUUGAGAAACUACCGGCUCCGGAAAAGCGAUACGACAGUCAACUUGCUGUUCAAACGCUGAAAACUAUUCUGGCUUUGGGGUAUUACAUAUCUAUGGACAAACCACCGGCGCGUAUUCGUCCAAUUCGAUUGCCAAACGAUCCGUAUAUGCAAGGAAACGGAUAUAAACCAGCACCACUAGAUCUAAGUGCUGCCGUUUUGAAUGUAAAAAUGGAGGAGCUAGUAGAUCUUCUCGCUGAAAACACGCACAACCUAUGGGCUAAGGAACGCAUACUACAGGGAUGGACGUACGGUUUGAAUGAGGAUGGUGAGAACCGUCGCAGUCCUCAUUUGGUGCCAUAUAGUAAGGUAGAUGAGGCUAUCAAAAAGGCAAAUCGAGAUACAGCUUCGGAGACUGUUCGCACUCUGCUGAUAUAUGGAUACAACUUGGAUCCGCCAACUGGAGAGGCUAACGAAGCCUUGGCUGCCGAAGCACUGCGUCAGAAAUUUGCAGCCUUUAGAACCUAUCGUGCAGAGAAGACCUAUGCUGUCACAGGCGGCAAGUGGUAUUUUGAGUUCGAGGUGUUGACUGCUGGUCCAAUGAGAGUUGGUUGGGCUCGUGCGGAUUGUCUUCCCGGUACUAUGCUAGGAAGUGACGAUUGUUCAUGGGCGUUUGACGGCUAUAAUGCCCGUAAGCUACACAUGCUUACGGUUGAUGAUUUCGGUAGACAUUACCAGGUCGGAGAUGUAGUCGGUUGCUUCAUUAACGUCCACGAGCGGACAAUAAGUUUUUCACUGAAUGGCGAAUUGCUUAUGGAUGCACUCGGUGGCGAAACCACUUUUGCGGAUGUUAACGCCCCUGAAGGUGUUGGAUUCGUUCCGGCCUGCACAAUCGGAAUUGGCCAGAAAGCCCGUUUGGUAUAUGGCCAAGACGUGGAUUCUCUCAAAUGGUUUACCACAUGUGGUCUACAGGAAGGCUACGAGCCCUUUUGUGUUAAUAUGAAACGCGCAGUCACGCACUGGUACACCAAAGAUCAACCCAUCUUUGAAAACAACGAGGACACUCCAGAUUGCAAAAUCGACGUUACUCGUAUUCCUGGGGGUGCAGACACACCGCCAUGCUUGAAAAUUUCUCAUAACACCUUCGAAACGAUGGAAAAGGCGAAUUGGGAGUUCUUGCGAUUAUCAUUGCCCGUUACAUGUGAUACUACAUUCAUCAAUGAAUCAGAAAAAAUGCGCCGAUGGGAAGAAAUCCGUGUUCGUCAACAUCGGCUUCUUGCAGAGGCUGAUCAUCAGACUUCAGCACACUUUGAUCAUAUUAUGAAGAGUGGCUUCACAAUGAAUGAUCUCAAGGGGCUACAGCGGAACUAUUCGGAUGAUGCAGUAGAAAACGAUGAUGCCAUACGGAGCGGACCACAGCGUCCAUCACGAGCAACGAGACGCCCAGACACACUUAGCCCACCGGGAAUUGAGAUCAAUGGUGAAAUGCACAUGUCUGAUGGCGAAAAUGCCUACUCAGACAAUGAACUAGAUGGCGAUGAUAGGAAAAAACGAGGGCGAAGUCCUUUCCGUUUGUUUGGUAAGAAACGGGAUCAAAGCAAGGAUAAGCUGAAGGACCGCCGUACUCCUGAACCGGAGCCUCGUCGAGGAGCGAUGCAACAACGAACCGUAGCUCGUAGCCCCACUACAAGAGCGUCAACACACGAUGUUCGUGGACAGGCAUCGAAUAUGAAUGCUGACCGCAAAUCUUUAGGAAGCCCACAAGUAGAAUCAUACGGUAACGAAAUCUAUGAUGCCGAUUGCCUCAAGCUGAUAAAUGAGUACUUCUACGGAGUCCGUAUCUAUCCUGGACAAGAUCCGACACAUGUUUAUGUCGGAUGGGUGACUACCCAAUACCAUGUCCAUAGCAAAGAUUUCAGUCAGGACAAAGUAUGCCAUGCAGCGAUCUACGUUGAAGAUGAACAGGAAAAACCAAUAGAAAUUGUCAACCGCCAGUCAUGUUACAUGGUCCGUGCCGAUGAACUGUUCAACGAAGUCACCCAAGAUGCCUCAGGAAAAGGUGCUUCACAGGGAAUGUUUGUGGGUUGCUUCGUCGACACAGCCACUGGAACGAUACGAUUCACAUGUGAGGGCAAGGAAACGUCGCAUGUUUUUCUGAUGGAACCAGAGACCAAGCUGUUUCCGGCUAUCUUCGUUGAAGCUACCAGCAAGGAAAUCUUACAAAUCGAGUUGGGUCGUACUCCAACUACUUUGCCUCUGUCCGCUGCUGUACUACCAACCAGUGACAAACAUAUCAAUCCACAGUUCCCACCUAGAUUAAAGAUCCAAUGUUUAAAACCUCACCAGUGGGCUCGUGUUCCAAACACUGCAUUACAAGUGCACGCACUAAAGCUGUCCGACAUUCGGGGCUGGUCUAUGCUUUGUGAAGAUCCAGUAUCCAUGCUUGCUUUGCAUAUUCCCGAAGAAGAUCGUUGCAUAGACAUUCUGGAGCUGAUCGAGAUGGAUCGUCUACUGUCGUUCCACGCUCAUACACUCACACUCUAUUCGGCACUCUGCUAUCAAUCCAACUACCGAGCAGCCCAUGCCCUCUGCUUACAUGUGGAUCAAAAGCAGUUACUAUACGCUAUCCAGUCCGAAUACAUGAGUGGACCACUACGUUUAGGGUUCUACGACUUGUUGAUCUCUCUCCAUCUUGAAUCCCAUGCUACCACAAUGGAAGUUUGUAAGAACGAAUACAUUAUCCCUUUGGGUCCAGAACUGAAGGAUUUAUACACAGAUCCUGAAAUGUGUCACUCAUUGAGGUCACUUCAAACUCUUUCCGUAAGACCCGAAAUGAACAUGACCGAAAUUGCAUCACCCAUACCCCCACAAUCAAAUACGCAGGCAAUAGUAGCACCAGAUUCUUCCAGUGAACCAAUACCAGCCAUUGAUACGCUUUAUUCGCCAAGAUUCCCACUUGAAGUGGUACGACAGUUUGUUAUGGCCACAUUACAGGAGGCCGUAGAGAUUAAUCAAGUGCAUAAUCGCGAUCCUAUUGGAGGUUCAAACGAGAAUUUGUUCUUACCACUGAUCAAACUGAUUGACAGAUUGCUGCUGGUCGGAGUAAUCACCAACGACGAUGUCGGUAAGUUAUUGAUUAUGAUCGACCCCGAAACCUGGGAUCCGAACUUCGAUAAAGAAGGUAAAGAUGAACACCGCAAAGGAUUAUUAACUAUGAAGAUGGCUGAGGGUGCGAAACUGCAAAUGUGUUACCUGCUGCACCAUUUGUACGAUGUUCAGCUAAGACACAGAGUGGAAAGCAUCAUUGCGUUUGCCCAUGAUUACGUGUGCGACCUACAACAAGAUCAAUUACGCAGAUAUAUUGAGAUCAAACACUCGGAUUUACCGAGUGCGGUAGCCGCCAAAAAAACUCGAGAGUUCCGAUGUCCACCACGGGAACAAAUGAAUGCCAUUUUGUGUUUCAAAAACUUGGAAGGCGAGGAUCUGGAGAACUGUUCUUGUGGACCAGAGCUUCGCGAUAAAUUAGCAGUGUUUCAUGACGGUCUAAUGACAAAAGUUUCUCUUAAUGCUCUCCAGGAACCGGAAGAAGAGGUUGUCGAUGUUACAGAGAACAUUAAACCGGGAGUAUUCAAAAAAAUGUCCAACUUUUUCAACGCUGUCAAGGAGCUGGAAAAGGAUCCGAUAGAACCAGAGGAAGUCGAAAAGAAGACUCCGGAAGAAGUUUUCAGGAAAGUAUUAAUUAAACAAAUUGUUUCAUGGGCCGAAGAGUCUCAAAUUGAAAAUCCGAAAUUGGUUCGGGAAAUGUUCGGACUUUUGGUGAGACAGUAUGACACGAUCGGUGAACUCAUAAAGGCAUUGAGCAAAACCUACGUUAUCAAUUCAAAAACAACGGGAGAUGUUGCCAAUAUGUGGAUCGGCUUGAGCCAAAUUCGUGCUCUGUUGCCAGUGCAGAUGAGCCAAGAAGAAGAGGAAUUGAUGCGUAAGCGUUUGUGGAAGUUGGUAAACAAUCAUACAUUCUUCCAGCAUCCGGAUUUGAUUCGUAUAUUGCGAGUCCAUGAAAACGUGAUGGCCGUCAUGAUGAACACUCUAGGUCGUCGAGCGCAAGCACAAAGCGAUGCACCAAUGCAGUCUCCUGAAGGUGAAGAGGCUAUACCAAAGGAGAAAGACACGUCCCAUCAAAUGGUUGUGGCAUGUUGCCGCUUUCUUUGCUAUUUUUGCCGCACCGGUCGACAAAAUCAACGUGCAAUGUUUGAUCACUUUGACUUUUUGCUGGAAAACUCGAAUAUUUUACUGUCCAGGCCAAGCCUCCGUGGAUCAACUCCUCUGGAUGUAGCAUAUUCCAGUUUGAUGGAAAAUACCGAACUGGCACUAGCUCUUCGUGAACAUUAUUUGGAGAAAAUUGCGGUCUAUCUCUCUCGAUGUGGACUGCAGAGCAAUUCGGAAUUGAUCGAACGAGGAUAUCCUGAUCUUGGUUGGGAUCCAGUGGAAGGUGAACGAUACCUUGAUUUCCUGCGGUUUUGCGUAUGGGUUAACGGCGAAAGUGUUGAAGAGAAUGCCAAUUUAGUCAUUCGUUUGCUAAUUCGUCGCCCAGAGUGUUUAGGACCUGCGUUGCGUGGCGAAGGAGAGGGAUUACUGAAAGCCAUAAUCGAUGCCAAUAAGAUGUCUGAAAGAAUCGCCGAGCGAAGUAAGAUGGGAGAAGAUGCAGAAGGAAUAAUAAGUGGGUUAAACUUCUCUCAUCCUUUACCGGAAGGAGAUGAUGAUGAGGAUUACAUUGAUACCGGUGCCGCCAUUUUAAGUUUCUAUUGUACUCUAGUAGAUCUACUGGGCCGUUGCGCACCAGAUGCAGCUGUUAUUGAGCAAGGUAAAAAUGAGUCUCUUCGAGCUCGGGCUAUUUUGCGAUCUUUGGUACCACUGGAAGAUCUCCAGGGUGUUCUGAGUCUUAAAUUUACUCUGACAAAUCCUGCAACAGGAGAAGAACGUCCGAAAUCCGACAUGCCAUCUGGGCUGGUUCCAGGUCACAAACAAAGUGUUGUUCUGUUCUUGGAGAGAGUGUAUGGAAUUGAAACACAGGAGCUAUUCUUCCGUUUACUAGAAGAUUCCUUUUUGCCUGAUUUGCGGGCAGCAACUAUUUUAGAUCGUAGUGAUGGUUCAGAGAGUGAUAUGGCGCUAUCAAUGAAUCGCUAUAUCGGCAACUCUAUUCUUCCACUUCUUAUCAAGCAUUCAAAGUUCUAUAAUGAAGCAGAAAACUACGCGAGCUUGCUCGAUGCCACCUUGCACACUGUCUAUCGGAUGUCCAAAAACCGCAUGCUGACCAAAGGGCAGCGUGAAGCUGUUUCGGACUUUUUAGUAGCAUUGACUUCGGCUAUGCACCCAGCCAUGUUACUGAAGUUGUUGAGAAAACUUACCGUAGAUGUGUCCAAACUAUCCGAAUACACAACAGUUGCUUUGAGACUACUAACAUUGCACUACGAUCGAUGUGCUAAAUAUUACGGAACUACUGGGAGUGGUCAAGCUUCCCAGUUUGGCGCCUCUUCCGAUGAAGAGAAGCGUCUUACAAUGUUACUUUUCUCCAACAUAUUUGAUUCUCUAAGCAACAUGGAUUACGAUCCUGAACUAUUCGGUAAAGCCUUACCGUGCUUAAUCGCCAUCGGUUGCGCCCUCCCACCGGACUACAGUUUAUCGAAGAACUCAGACGAUGACCUGUACGGCAAACCGACAAAUAGCCCCGAUCAACCGCAUUACAACCCACAGCCCAUCGAUACCACUGUGGUUCAAUUGACCAACGACCUCAAUCAAAUAAUCCAAAAGUUUAGCGAACACUACCAUGAUGCUUGGGCUAGUAGGAAGCUCGAGAAUGGUUGGACUUAUGGUGACCAAUGGUCCGAUACAAACAAAACUCAUCCACGACUCAAGCCGUACACUACUCUGAGCGAAUAUGAAAAGGAACGGUACAAAGAUCCCGUGCGAGAAAGUUUAAAAGCCCUAAUAGCACUCAACUGGCGUGUCGAGCACUCUGAAGGAGAUGUUCCACUAUCCAACCGUGGUUCAAUGCGUAGACAGUCGAAGCCGAAUCUGGAAUUGCAGCCAGACACAGGAUCUCCGUUCAACUACAAUCCCCAUCCAGUUGAUAUGACCAAUCUUACGUUGAGCAGAGAGAUGCAGAAUAUGGCCGAGCGCUUGGCAGAGAACUCCCACGACAUCUGGGCGAAGAAGAAAUUUGAAGAACUGCACCAAUGCGGUGGUGGAGUUCACCCACAGCUAGUUCCAUACGAUUUGUUGACCGAUAAGGAGAAACACAAGAAUCGCGAGCGAUCCCAGGAAUUCUUGAAAUACCUACAAUAUCAGGGAUUGAAACUACACAAGCCAUCUCGCGGAAUGACGGAAGAACCAGGAGUAACGGCUGCCGCCAUAGAAGCUCGAUUUGCCUACUCGCUUCUGGAAAAGUUGAUUUCGUACAUCGAUCGUGCUACGAUCAACAUGAAGCUGCUGAAACCGUCAACAACGUUCAGUCGCCGAUCGUCGUUCAAAACAUGCUCACGGGACAUCAAAUUCUUCUCCAAAGUGGUUCUACCACUGAUUGAAAAAUACUAUUCUACCAACAGAAACUACUUCAUCGCGAUCGCUACCGCAACCAAUAAUAUUGGAGCGGCUUCAUUAAAAGAGAAGGAAAUGGUAGCUGCACUGUUCUGCAAGCUGGCCAGUCUACUACGUUACCGGAUGGCCGCAUUCGGAGCAGAUGUCCGAAUCACCGUCCGCUGUUUGCAGGUGCUAGUGAAGAGUAUCGACGCCAAGUCACUAGUGCGAACCUGUCCGGAAUUUAUUCGUACUUCCAUGUUAACGUUCUUCAACAACACGUCCGACGAUUUAAGCCAAACCAUUUUUAAUCUACAGGAAGGAAAAUACGAUCGGCUACGUGGUACACAUUUGAAGACAUCCACUUCACUAGCAUACGUGAAUCAAGUUAUCAUGCCAGUUUUAACAGCGCUGUUCGAUCAUCUAGCUUCGUGUGAUUAUGGUAGUGAUUUACUACUUGAUGAAAUCCAAGUUGCGUCCUACAAGAUUCUCUCCUCUCUAUACAUCCUCGGAACUGAUGCCACCUUGACCAAGGAUCGCAAAUAUCUCAAAACAGAAAUCGAACGACACAAACCGGCACUAGGCUCUUGUCUGGGAGCAUUCAGUUCUUGCUUCCCGGUGGCGUUCCUGGAGCCUCACUGCAAUAAGCACAAUCAGUUCUCCCUGCUGAACCGCAUUGCCGACACAUCGCUGGAAGCCCAGGAUAUUAUGACCAAAAUGGAAAGUUCAAUGCCAACACUAGAAACGAUUCUGGCCGAAGUAGAUCAUUUCGUGGAAUCGGAAAAAACCUAUCAAGAAUCCCAACAUAUCAUCGAUGUUAUCCUACCGCUGCUCUGUUCGUAUCUACCAUUCUGGUGGAGCCAAGGGCCGGAUAAUGUUAGUCCUCAGUCCGGAAACCAUGUAACCAUGGUCACAGCUGAUCACAUGAAUCAACUACUGAAAAACGUUUUGAAAAUGAUUAAGAAGAACAUCGCAAAUGAAAAUGCUCCAUGGAUGACUCGUAUCGCAAGUUACACGCAGCAGAUUAUCAUCAAUAGCUCUGAAGAGCUGCUGAAGGAGGUAUUCUUGCCCCUUACUGAACGAGCCAAGAAGCGUGUGGACAGCAUGUUCCACAAGGAAGAAAGCUUGCGAGGUUUCCUAAAAUCAUCCACCGAUGAUACCUCCCAGAUCGAAGCUCAAAUUCAGGAAGAUUGGCAGCUAUUGGUUCGUGAUAUUUACUCAUUCUACCCAUUACUGAUUAAGUACGUAGACCUCCAACGCAAUCACUGGUUGAAGGACAAUAUUGCCGAAGCAGAAGAGCUGUACAACUACGUUGCAGAAAUCUUUAAUGUGUGGUCUAAGAGCCAGUAUUUCCUGAAAGAAGAACAGAACUUUAUUUCAGCCAACGAAAUCGAUAACAUGACCCUAAUCAUGCCAACAACCACUCGUCGUACAGCUACAGUUUCGGGCGAAACACCAGCAGCUGGCGGAAAAGUUAAAAAGAAGAAACGUUCUCGCGAUAAGAAGCGCGAUAAAGACAAGGAAAUUCAGUCCAGUUUGAUGGUAGCUUGCCUUAAACGGCUGCUUCCAGUAGGAUUGAACUUGUUCGCUGGUAAAGAACAAGAACUAGUGCAGCACUGCAAGGAUCGUUAUCUUAAGAAAAUGCCCGAGUAUGAAGUCGUUGAGUUUGCGCGCACUCAGUUAACACUACCAGACAAACUAGAUCCAGCGGAUGAAAUGUCCUGGCAGCAUUAUUUAUAUUCUAAGCUCGGUAAGAAGGAGGACGUUGUUGUUCAGGACACAAUUGAGAAAGCCGACAAGAAGCCUGGAAACAAAAUUGAAGAUACCGUUGAACGAAUCGUUGCCAUGGCUAAAGUUCUUUAUGGAUUGCAUAUGAUUGACCACCCACAACAGCAAAGUAAAAAUGUCUAUAGAAGUUGUGUCUCGAUACAGAGAAAGCGAGCGGUUAUUGCUUGUUUUAGACAUGUCUCCUUACAUUCACUGCCAAGACAUCGGGCUUGUAAUAUAUUCGGUAGAACCUAUUCGGAACUGUGGCUAGAAGAUGAAAAUGUUGGCCAAGAAGUUAUGAUUGAGGAUCUUACUCAAACAUUUGAGGAUGCCGAAAAGAAGAAGGAGGAGGAAGAAGAAGAAGGCAAACCAGAUCCACUUACUCAACUUGUAACAACUUUCUGUCGUGGUGCGAUGACCGAACGGAGUGGUGCUCUGCAGGAGGAUCUACUCUACAUGUCCUACGCUAGCAUAAUCGCGCGUUCUUGUGGUGAAGAGGAGGAGGAAGGCGGAGAAGAAGAAGAAGGUGAAGGUGGGGGUGGUGGAGAAGAGGAAGGAGGAGCCAGCAUUCAUAAAAUGGAGAGGCUCAUGGAACAAGAAAUGGAGAAGCAGAAACUGCUUUUCCACCAAGCACGUCUGGCAAACCGUGGAGUGGCGGAAAUGGUUCUACUACACAUCUCCGCUGCCAAAGGUAUCCCAUCGGACAUGGUCAUGGGAACACUGCAGCUUGGGAUAGCCAUUCUGCGAGGCGGUAACAUCGACAUCCAGUUGGGUAUGCUAAACCAUCUCAAGGAGAAGAAAGAUGUUGGCUUCUUCACUUCCAUCGCUGGUCUAAUGAACUCCUGUAGUGUGCUAGAUUUGGACGCCUUCGAGCGAAACACAAAAGCAGAAGGUUUGGGAGUUGGUGCCGAAGGAGCAGCCGGUGAAAAGAAUAUGCAUGAUGCAGAGUUCACAUGUGCUCUGUUCCGGUUCAUCCAACUGACCUGCGAAGGUCACAACUUAGACUGGCAAAACUAUUUACGAACACAGGCCGGCAACACAACAACUGUGAAUGUUGUUAUCUGUACGGUUGAUUAUCUCCUUCGACUGCAGGAAUCUAUCAUGGAUUUCUACUGGCAUUACUCGAGCAAGGAAUUGAUCGACCCGGCUGGAAAAGCUAAUUUCUUUAAAGCUAUCGGUGUCGCUAGUCAGGUGUUUAACACUCUCACUGAGGUAAUCCAAGGGCCGUGUACUCAAAAUCAGCAAGCGUUAGCUCAUUCUCGUCUAUGGGAUGCAGUCGGAGGUUUCCUAUUUUUGUUUUCUCAUAUGCAGGACAAACUUUCCAAGCACUCAAGCCAAGUAGAUCUUCUGAAAGAACUGCUUAAUCUUCAAAAGGAUAUGAUUACUAUGAUGCUCUCUAUGCUUGAAGGUAACGUAGUCAACGGUACUAUCGGUAAACAAAUGGUGGACACUCUAGUAGAGUCUGCAUCAAACGUAGAGCUUAUUCUCAAAUAUUUCGACAUGUUUUUGAAACUAAAAGAUCUUACUUCAUCAGCGAGCUUUAUGGAGAUCGAUGGCAACGGAGAUGGAUGGAUCCUGCCCAAAGACUUUCGCGAAAAGAUGGAACAACAGAAAAGCUACACGCCGGAAGAAAUCGAUUUCCUUCUGGCUUGCUGUGAGACAAAUCACGACGGAAAAAUCGACUACAUCGGCUUCGUUGAUCGUUUCCACGAACCAGCCAAAGAAAUUGGUUUUAAUUUGGCGGUGUUGUUGACCAACCUUUCCGAACACAUGCCCAAUGAACCCCGUCUAGCGCGUUUCUUAGAGACUGCUGGUUCCGUGUUGAACUAUUUCGAAUCGUUCCUAGGCCGUAUCGAGAUCAUGGGUUCAUCCAAACGUAUCGAACGAGUUUACUUCGAAAUUAAGGAAGCUAAUAUAGAACAAUGGGAAAAACCGCAGAUUAAGGAAUCAAAACGUGCGUUUUUCUACUCGAUCGUCACAGAAGGUGGUGACAAGGAGAAACUUGAAGCCUUCGUUAACUUCUGUGAGGAUGCUAUAUUUGAAAUGACUCACGCCUCCGGUCUGAUGGCGAGUGACGACGAUUCAGGAAACGUACGCCGUGAAGCUGCUUUCACGUAUAUCAGUGAAGAAGAGGAAGAACGAGCAGCUAGGGAUCCGAUCAAACGAACAAUUCAAGCCGUUAAGGAUGGUCUGUCCUACUCGGUGUUCAUGAUCUCACCAUCAAAUAUCAAACAUCAAAUCACCGUGCUGCAAUCGAAAUCAUUCCCAGAAAUUAUCAUCGGUUUUUUCAAGAUGAUAUUCUACGCGUUCUACUAUUCGGGCUAUGGAGUAUCCAUAAUUAUCAAGUAUUUGGUAAACAUUCUCAUGUCUUUGAUGCGUGGAUCUAUACAAGAAGAGGAAGAGGUGAUCCCUGAAGCUGAACCACCAUUAGCGUUACCACCGCUACCAAUGGAGGAACCACCAGGUACAGUCCAGGCCUUUGGAUUGGAUAUUAGCAAAGAAGAAAAUGGACAAUAUCGUGUCCAACCACAUGAAUCUCCUGCAUUGAGUCCAUCGUCAUCGGCAGAAGAAACUGGUGAAAGUAGUCCAGAAGAGGGUGGUGGUGAGCAACCAACCGAGAUCGCUAGCACUGAAUCUCCCAUGACUUUAGUUGAUCUGCUUGGAGGAGAAGCGGCAAAGCGAGCUGCUCAGGAACGAUCAGAAGCUCAGAAAGCUCAGGAAGCUACGUUGGCUACCAUAGAAGCAGAAUCAAAGAAAGCUUCAACUGAUACAAAAGAACCAGCUGCCGUGAAUCAAAUAGAUUUCUCGAAAUAUACCAAAAAAGCAGUCAGUUAUUUGGCAAGAAACUUCUACAAUUUGAAAUACGUUGCCUUGGUCUUGGCUUUUGGCAUCAACUUUAUGCUGUUAUUCUACAAGGUGACAACGUUUGGCAACGAUGAACCUGCUGAAGGAUCCGGGGAAGAUUUAAUGGAACUUGCAUCAGGGCUUGGUUCUGGACUAGCGGAUGCUGCUAUAGAGAUCGGAAGUGGUGAAGGUGGUAGCGGAGAUGGUGGGGAAGAUGCUGAAGAUCCUUUGGAGAAGGUGGAAGUAGAUGAAGACUUCUUCUAUAUGGAACACGUGAUGCGGAUUGCUGCUUGUCUGCAUAGCUUAGUAUCACUUUGCAUGCUGAUUGCUUACUACCAUUUGAAGGUUCCCUUAGCGAUAUUCAAACGAGAAAAGGAAAUUGCUCGACGAUUGGAGUUCGAUGGUCUUUUUAUUGCUGAACAACCGGAAGACGACGACUUCAAAUCGCACUGGGAUAAGUUAGUUAUAUCUGCAAAAACAUUCCCCGUCAAUUAUUGGGACAAAUUUGUAAAAAAAAAGGUUCGACAGAAGUAUAGUGAAACCUAUGAUUUCGAUUCGAUAUCGAACUUACUUGGAAUGGAGAAGAACGCUUUCGCUGCGCAAGAAGAGAAAGAGGGAGGAGGAUUUUUCCAUUUCAUUGCCAAUAUUGACUGGAGAUACCAAAUUUGGAAAGCUGGGGUGACCUUUACCGACAAUGCUUUCCUGUACUCGUUGUGGUAUUUCUCUUUUUCGGUAAUGGGCAACUUCAACAAUUUCUUCUUCGCAGCUCAUUUACUCGACGUCGCAGUCGGCUUCAAGACAUUGCGUACGAUCUUACAAUCCGUAACACACAAUGGAAAGCAGCUUGUUUUGACAGUAAUGUUGCUGACAAUUAUCGUAUACAUAUAUACCGUAAUCGCAUUCAAUUUCUUCCGUAAGUUCUACAUACAGGAGGAUGAUGAUGGUGAAGAAGGGGAUCGCAAAUGUCACGAUAUGGGAACCUGUUUUGUCUUUCACCUGUAUAAGGGUGUUCGAGCUGGUGGUGGUAUUGGUGAUGAAAUUGGUGAUCCAGACGGCGAUGAAUAUGAAGUUUAUCGUAUUCUGUUCGACAUAUCCUUCUUCUUUUUCGUUAUCGUUAUCCUACUUGCCAUCAUCCAAGGUUUGAUCAUUGACGCUUUUGGUGAGCUUCGUGAUCAGCUGGAGUCGGUCAAGGAGGACAUGGAAUCCAACUGCUUCAUAUGUGGUAUAGGCAAAGACUACUUCGAUAAGGUACCCCACGGAUUUGAUACACAUGUUGCUCAGGAACACAAUCUGGCAAACUACAUGUUCUUCCUAAUGCAUUUAAUCAACAAACCGGACACUGAAUACACCGGUCAAGAAACGUACGUGUGGAAUAUGUACCAGCAGAGGUGUUGGGACUUUUUCCCAGUUGGUGAUUGCUUCAGGAAACAAUAUGAAGAUGAACUAAGUGGAGGCGGCAGUUAAUAAAGUCUAAGGACAGCGAAUGCCAAACAUUGAUAAUAGAGCAAACGAACAAAAACCAAACCAAACGAUCAUCAAAUAUAGGAGAUAUUUUAAAGACAUAUUUUUCUGAAUCCGUUUAAUACUUGAAAAGCAUAUUCCAAAAAUUCUAUUAUUUGAAACUAAAAACCAUUAUAAACAUACGAUCACACGGUUGUAAAGUUCUGUAAAGAUGUACAAUCACCAAGAAAAACACGAGCCAAACCGGAUGAUUGUAAUGAUAAGAAUGUUCCUCAAUCAUUCUCGAUACUCGAAUCUUGGCUAUACGUUAUUGAGUGAGAUAUUCGAAACGACACACUUUGCUAUAUGCCGGACAUACUUUUACGAAUGAAGACGAUCUUUUCCCAAGAAGAAGGAUUCAACUCAAGCGAACGUUUUUAUUUUUUUCGUCAGUAAUAAGAAUCCAAUUGUCUUUUCUUAUUAGAGUUUUUAUACUUAACGCUGUCAUUGAUCAAAUGAGGAGUAAAGUUUAGGUCAAAGAAGGUUAAACAGUUAUCAGUUGUUCAAAUAAUUUUUACCUAAAUAAAAAAAAUUAAACCUAAAAAAUA